AGAUCCUGGUUAACAGAAAACACAUAUUUUAUACCCGCUGAUAACAACCCUAAAGUACUUAUGGGCUUUUUCGCUGGGGAAAUGGUUCCUGAAAUAGAACAAGAAUCCAAUGAAGUUCUUUCGGCUGGUUGCAUGUACAUGUUUAGAAAAUUCCUGGGUAAAACACAUAACAAUAUAACCGACCCAGACGAUAUAAUUAAAUCGAUGUGGUACAGCAAUCCCCAUUUUCGUGGAACAUACUCCUACGAUUCUGCCAAAAACACCGAACAAGGAUUACAGAAUAAAUUAGCAGCACCCUUGUUACGUAAAAAUGGAGAUCCAGCCAUACAAUUUGCUGGAGAAGCAACUCAUCCACAUCACUUCUCCACUGUCCAUGGUGCCAUCGAAUCUGGAUACAGGGAAGCCGACAGAUUGAUACAUUAUUACGCCCAACAUUAGGCAUAUUGCUCUUUUCAUUGAUGUAUGUACAUAUUUUUACAAUUAACAGCAAUUAAACAACUUCUUCUUUAAUCUUGA